CUGUAUAUGAGGACAACAGAGAACACAUAGAAAAUGUGUCCCUUAUUUACAUGUGCCCCCAGAGCAAAGAAAAAUAAAUAACUAAAUAGCAUUUAAAAAAAAUCAUAACCAUUAAAACUUGGCAGAAUAUCCUUCCUGCAAACGCUGGAGCUAGACUCAACAACGGACUAUCCCACAGCAAGAACGUCAAAUGGAUCCAAUGAUAGCCGGAAAAGUCAGUAAGCCCUUGCUGCUGCUGCGGAGUGAGAUGAAUGCAGAGUCGAGAGGUGAAGACAAGGCAGCUACUUCAGACAGUGAGCUGAACGAGCCCCUGCUUGCUCCUGUGGAAUCAAAUGAUGGUGAGGACACUCCCAGCAAGCUCUUCGGGGGCAGAGGGAACUCUGUGCCGGCUGAGUCGGGUACAAACGAUCCUCAUCACCCGGGCCAGUCUCAUCCAGGAUUCUCGGUUGGGCACCAGCCACUGCUAGCAGCACAACAACUGGCAUCAGCUGUAGCUGGAGUGAUGCCAGGGGGUGCUCCCGGCCUCAACCAGCCAAUCCUUAUCCCUUUUAACAUGGCUGGACAACUUGGGGGACAGCAAGGACUGGUGCUGACAUUGCCUACAGCCAAUCUUACAAAUAUUCAAGGCCUGGUGGCAGCUGCAGCAGCAGGAGGAAUAAUGACUCUACCAUUGCAAAAUCUACAAGCUACCUCAUCCCUGAACUCACAACUUCAGCAACUUCAGCAUCUACAGCAGCUUCAUCAGCAUCAUCACCACCAUCAUCAUCAAGGGUCACAGCAACAACAACAACAGCAGCAGCAACAGCCGCAAACCACAGCUCAGCAUCAGCAGUCACCGCAGCAGUCAUCCCAGCCUCAUCCCUCACAGCAAUCCCAGCAGCAACAAAAUCAGCAACAGCAGCAAAACCAAACACCAAACAAAAGCCAGAACCAACUUGCUACAAGCCAGCAGCCCUGCAGCUCUCCCCAAAAGCCCAAUCAAUCACCAGGACAUGGCCUUCCUUCCCCAAUGACUCCGCCAAACCCAUUGCAGAUGGUGAACAAUCCCUUAGCGAACCAGGCAGCAGCAGCUGCAGCAGCAGCAGCUGCCAUGGGCUCCAUAGCAAGUUCACAGGCCUUUGGUAAUGCACUCUCCAGUCUGCAAGGUGUUUCUGGUCAGCUGGUCACAAAUGCACAAGGACAGAUUAUUGGAACAAUCCCCCUCAUGCCAAGCCAAGUGUCAUCAAAUCAAGCGGGAAGUGGAGCUCAGGGACUUCAAGUGCAACCCAUCACGCCACAACUGCUGACCAACGCCCAGGGACAAAUUAUUGCCACUGUAAUAGGGAACCAAAUCUUACCAGUGAUCAAUACCCAGGGUAUUACACUUUCACCACUCAAACCUGGCCAACAGCUCCAUCAACCAGCACAGGCGCCGGUUGGUCCAGCAACAUCACAGGCAAAUCUUUUGCACUUGGCUCACAAUCAGGCAACAAUGGCUCAAAGUCCAGUCCGCCAAUCUUCAUCUUCUUCCUCCUCAUCUUCCUCUUCUUCAGCUUUGAGUGUUGGUCAGUUAGUAAGCAAUCCACAAACUGCCAGUGGAGAGGUCGAUGGGGUAAAUCUGGAAGAAAUCAGAGAGUUUGCUAAAGCUUUUAAAAUCAGACGCCUUUCUCUUGGCUUGACUCAAACGCAGGUGGGGCAAGCAUUAAGUGCAACGGAGGGCCCAGCCUAUAGCCAGUCAGCCAUCUGCCGACACACCAUCCUGAGAAGCCACUUUUUCCUACCACAGGAAGCCCAAGAGAACACUAUAGCUAGCAGUCUGACAGCCAAACUGAACCCUGGCCUUUUGUAUCCUGCCAGGUUUGAAAAGCUGGACAUCACCCCUAAAAGUGCCCAGAAGAUAAAGCCAGUCCUUGAGAGGUGGAUGGCUGAGGCUGAGGCCCGCCACCGAGCAGGUAUGCAGAACCUGACGGAAUUUAUCGGCAGCGAGCCUUCAAAAAAACGCAAGAGGCGCACAUCAUUCACUCCACAGGCCCUAGAGAUCUUGAAUGCCCAUUUUGAGAAGAACACACACCCUUCUGGACAGGAAAUGACAGAAAUUGCAGAAAAGCUGAACUAUGAUCGGGAGGUUGUCCGCGUGUGGUUCUGCAACAAGCGACAAGCUCUCAAGAACACAAUAAAACGCUUAAAACAACAUGAGCCUGGCACAGGAGUCCCUAUGGAGUCUUUAACAGACUCAAUGGAGGAAAAUUCCUAAAACUUUGAGAUUGAACUCUAUGAAAUGCCUGUCCAUCAUCCUUGUAAGUAAAAGACUGAAAACAUAGGUGGACUGAACAGUUUAUUAAUGUACUGUAUUCAUGAGUUUUCCAAAAACAUUGCACAACACUUAGUGUGUGUGAUAGUAGUUCUGAACAAAAAUAAAAAAGACAAUGUUUUUCUAUGGACUUCACAAAAAUACCAAAUAACUGAAUACAUUGUGUGUAUACUAAGACAAUACAAACAGUGUUUGAAAAACAAGAUGUUUUAUCUAUGUAAAAAAGAAAACAAGCCUGCCACCUGGAGGAUCAAUCGACCUAGACUUUCAGGUUCUAAAGUGCUCAUUCACUACGAAAUCUUCACUGAUAACCAAAGCGAGAAAAAUGGUGUUGCAAACCUAGAUUGUUGGACUUCUCUAUAAUGAGCAUAAUGUUGUGUUACACAUGUCACUGUCUACUAUGUGAAAAGCAGAAAACAUUGAGAAUUUGUAUUUUAUUCUAAAUUGUUACUUUAUGUUGAGACAUAGCUUAUCAUUUGUCACAUAUUUCUUUUUACUAGACUGUGUUAUUUAUGCUACAUUUGUUUAUUGAGACAAAUGCAGUUUUCCUAACAUAGUCUUUUAAAACAUAGAUCCCAUGGUUUUCCAUAAGAAGAAUGGAUUAUAAUUGGUUUGUUCAUGCAGUGCCAAUGAACUAGGAUUUUCUUGCCCGACAAGGAAAUAUCUUCCAUCGUGACAAUUAUUAUAAGAGAAGUAAUAGGGUUUCCACAAUUACGUUCUGCAGCCAUUUUCUGCAUUUUCUCUCCAAAGUAUCUUAGCCAAAGAAAAAAAUCAAAUAAUAUAAAAGAAGCAGCUCAAGAAAACAAACCAAAUGAGAAAUUGAAGGAACGUUAGGGUGUUUUUCACAUAUGUGUAUUAGAAAUAAUAAGGUGUUUUUCACAUGUGCGUAAAUAGCUGUUUAAUAGUUCAUGUGACAGCUGUAGCAGUGCAUAAGGUAAUAUGUGCAGCCAAAAUGUGAUAUGUAUAUAUAUAUCUAUGCCUUUUGUCACACAAGAUGCUGCACAAUGUCACAGUAGCAUGGUCUUUUUUUUUUUUUUGCUAUAGGGUCAUCUGUUGCCACAUACAUUGUGUCACAUAUCUUACACGUCUGAACGCAAUAUAAUGAUUCUGUAUGUCUCACAAGCAGCAAAAACAUUGCAUUACAUGCUACAGCUGUCACUGAGUACUCCACUGUGCUUAGUGUUCCCUUUCUUAAAUGUAAAGCACAUAUUCUUUCCCACUCUUAGGUUAUGUACACACUCUGUUUUUGGUCCAAUUUUUCAUGCAAAAAAAAAACUAACAAACAAAAAAAAACUGCUAAAAAUUUUAAUAGUUUUUUCCUGCUAUUUUGUCUAUUUUUGGUACUUUUGAAAUGUGUUUUUCUGAAAUUUUUCCCAUAUUUUUUGUAUUUUUUUUCCUUUUGUUACAGCAAAUGUUAUUAUGCAAUUAGCAAACCAGAUUUUUUUCUGUAAAAAUGGCCAAUAAAACAUGCAAAAAAAACAAACAAAAACUGAGCCAUGAUCAGCUGAACAAAAGGACCUUGCACUAAUUUAUGGUCAUAAAAUAUUAUUAGAUGGGAAUCACUCAAUAUUAAUAAACAGUGAUUCUUUGGUCAAUUUUUUUUCUACCACAAUUGAUUUUAUGGCUCAAAAAUGGAUCAACAUACUAUGUGUGAACAAAGCCUGACUGUAAAGUAUCAGAAGGGGUUGCAGUACAUAUGCUAUAUUAUAGAGGCACUAUUUAUUUUAAUAGGGGUCUACAAUGAUUCUCACUGCAAAGAUUUUCAAUCUAGCAGUAUGGUGGAAGGAAUAUUACAAAAAUAAAGGUUCUUCAAUGCCAUCAAUGCCACUAAAAUCCACUCAAUACUACAAUAGCAUUGCUGUAUACAGUAUUUAUAAUUUGUUGCUUUUUAGAUGUUUAAAACUAGGUAAAUUGGUUUAUAGUUUGGAUUCUCAUUUGAACAUUUCACUGUUUACAAACAGAAUAACUGACCAAAAAAUUGAGUAGCCUUGUAAAUCUAUUACUGAUCCUCUAUUAUAGCUCAGAGCCACAAUGACAACUUGUUAGCUGCUCAUCACUGGAGAUCAUCAACUCAGUUAGGCACAUCCCUAACAGUUUAGCUGAGCUACUACUAUAUAGUAAG